AUGGAGAUCAUAUGGCAGUCGGGCGAAAAGGUUCCGAAGAAACGGACGACUGCAGCAUGCCUAACUUGUCGUGCACGCAAGAAACGGUGCUACCACCUUGAGGAUCGCGGAAUCAGGAGGAAGGAGCAUAAUCACAGAGCCGAAAAACAAGUUCAAAGGCCUUGUCAAGGAACCGAUACCAGCGAAUCUACCCCAAGCCCCGGUCGCGUGAGCGAGUAUAACCCUGAAUCCGUUCUUACAGCUCUGUCAGAGGACGCCGAACCAGGGAUAAACACUUUAGCACAGACACCUCAUCUGGUAGCAUCACGGCCUACUCCACAAGCUAUAGUGCCUAGUCCAUCUGUCGCAUGCGAACCACGGCGCAGACUGGCAUGGUACAAGCAACACAAAAUUCGCGCCGCGCCGCCACACUUAUCUGAAUCAUAUCGAAAGUAUCUCCAAGAAGAAGGAGCAUUCACUGCACUGCCCAAAACAACUACGGAUGCUCUCUUGUCUUUGUAUAAUUCGACAUUAGACGAUCUCGUGCCUAUUGCGGAUGGCCCUGCUGUAUUCCGCCAUCACAGCAACGGAAACGCAUCUAUAUAUUUGGUGAGGGCAAUAUGUCUCGUGGUAUGCAAAACAGAGCACGCUGCCCCUUUCUUGCGCCUGACUGAGUCCGGUCCCCUGCUAGAACCUUUGAGUUUUGCUUCAAAACUACUGGCCGGACUAGAUGCUGCUAUCAAAGCAGAUCUUGAGCCCGACCGCAUUAUCAAGGUUCAGAUUCUGGCACUGAUGCACUUAUACAACGAUGGACUAGCCGGCGUUGACCGCGCCUCAAAUUAUCUUUCCCAGGCCAUCUGCGAAGCGUGGUCCAUGUGUAUACAUCUAAAAAUACCUGGCAAUCCUGACGAUAACGAGUGCAAGUAUCUGUGGUGGUCACUUCGAAACUUUGAUCGUUUGGGUAAACCAAUCAUGGCAGCCGCACCAUUCUUUAUCGAUGAUGCAGAUAUUGGCGUGGAACGGAUAUCGCCCAGCAAGGAUAGCUAUCGCUCUCAAAUCAUGACUGUGGCCCUAAGGCUCGGAGACCUAAUGACUAUCGCAACAAAAGCAUACAAAGCCAGCUCCACGACGAUGGUUGAUGGUUGCUGGGAAUUUCCGACACUCCCAGAAGUUAUGGGCGGAAGUAGUUUCGAUGAGUUCCACAUGUUACAUCAAGCAUACUUGGAGACAUGGUAUCAUGUUGCCGCCAUGUUAUCUUGUCGCUACAAUGGACCAGGCACUGUACAAUACACCCGCCGUCUCAAGUCAGCGGACCGAGUACUUGCAAUCGUCUCUCGCGAAGGGUGUGAAGGCCUCCCUCCACUUCCACUAGUACCUUACGCGAUGUCCAUGUCUACUACGGUCAUCUACCGUGCAUUACAUGAUGGCGCAAGAGACAUGAUUGCAGCACGAGAAGACCUUCAAAGAUGUUGCAAUGCGCUAGAUGGUCUCAGCCAACGAUGGACCAGCGUGAGGGGUGUAGCUAAGCUUGCAAAGCGACUUCACAGACUGAUAAGCGAUGGAACAUUGAAGGGCUUACAAGUUGCACAGCGACCAAUAUUUGGUACCACCACAGUCUCAAAGUUACCCACAUCGGUCAACAUGAGUGCCAUUACGGACCAAGUAGGCGACUUGUAUAGCGAUGAAUCUUUACAAAGGCAGCUCAGUGAGAUAUGGCCAAGCUUUGACGCAUCCUACUCUCAAAUGGACUGGGCUUUCCACGACUAUGGUUUUGAUAUGGAGUUCCCUAGUCCCUUCGAUGAUCUUCCAGUUUGA